AUGCCCUUUCUAUGCAAACGUUCGUCUCCAACACUUCAACAUAGAGGAUGUGGAGCCUGUCGCCGAAGUACUGUCUUGCCUCGAAACGAUGAACCUGGACCAGCUCAAAAAAUUGUUCUUCUUCUUCAAAGACAUUUUUACUUCCACAAACCUAUAAAAGUUUUUCAAUUUGAACAAAACCAUCCUAGAGAGGAAAUAUCACUAAGUAUUAGUGGUGAGAGAGUGUUAUUUCAUGUUGAGACGCACGAGGUACCUUAUCAAGCAGAUAAAAGCAAUAUGAACGAGGACGAGUGGAGAGCCGCUAUUAAGUGGAUUGAGAAACAAGAAGGAGAUGGUCCGUGGGUAGUCUCACCAGAAGAUGAUGACCAAAAAUCUGUGUCUCAGGAAGAUGAGGAAACAUUAUUAAGAGAUGCGAUUGAGAGUGGAAAUGAGGCCGAGAGAGAGAGAGAUGCGAGAAAAAGAGAUGUGACAAAGAAAGUACUCUUUGCAAAAAAUAAUGAAAUUGAAGCGCUACCUGGUACUGCUUCACAAGUUGUGGAGAGUAACACUAAUAAAGACGAAGUGUUAUCUCUGGUGAGGCAAUUUUGCGAAUCCUCUACCAAUAUGAUGAAGCAAUGCCAGGAAUCUCUGUUAGGUGCUCAGGCAGCUGUUGCUAAAAUGGCAAAAAUUCAAGGUUUGAUUAUUGACGAGUUCAAUAAACAAAAAGAUGUUUUUGCUAAGCAAACAAAAACCCUUGAAGACAAAAAUAAUGAGAUCCGUAAGCAAAUAAAAGAUGUGAAUAAUGAAUGCAGUAAAAUGCAUGAGCAUUAUCAAAAAUUAGUUGAUAGAGAUGAGAGCAGAUCGAACGGUGGUACUUCUAGUAGUGAACUUGGAGAAUUGAAAAAUCAAGUUUCUAAAUUAGUACAACAAGAGUUUAAAAAGUUAAAAGUAGACAGAAGUAAAAAUAUGGAUCAAACAACAGAUUCUGGAGACGAAAAUGAGACUGGUAUCUCUGAUCUCGACGAGAUGUCUGACGCUGAAUCGGAAUAUAGUAACCACGACUCCAGUACUGAUCAAUCAGAAAGCGAUAUUGAUGACACAGAUGACAAUAAUAAUAGUCCACAGAAGAAUGAAAUGAAAAAUAAAAAAUUUGUGCUCGGUAAAGAUAAAGCUACGAAGUGGUUUCAUACUCCGCCUAAUCAAAAACUAGUCCAACCACACUUAGUGAAUCGUCUUCAAUUACCGAAUCUAUCACUUGAAUUGAGAUCAAUAAUAAUAAAAACUGGGAAAAUUAAGUAUCCAAUGAAUCCUCAAUGUCCAGAACGUGGAUUGUGUUAUCAAUGCCCUAGAAGGGCGAAUAGUUAUACAACUAAAAGUUGUACAUCCUGUAAUGCUCCAAUUUGCAAUAAGCAUACGGUUCGUUAUUGCUGUGAUUGCCAGUUUAAUCUUGUUUCAAGAAACGAAUUAUAA